AUGCGGCCAACACCAUCGAUCGCGAGCUCGCUCUCCCUGCCCAUCACCACCUCCUUCGCCGGCGCACAGGCACUAUGGUGGCCCUCACCCACAGCCACCCCGCCGCGCGUCGUUCUGCUCUUCAUCCCCGGCAACCCCGGUCUCUCGUCGUACUACAUUGAUUUCCUCCACUCGAUCUACACCUCGUCGUCCCUGAAAACUUCGUCCGUCGAGAUCCUCUCUGUCUCGCAUCGUGGUCAUGCGCCGCUGCCCAAGAUCGGCUCCAACCCCGUAUGGGGCGACAACAAACUCAACCAGGCCCAAGCUAGCAAAGGAUACGGUUGCACGCUCGGCGAUCAGGUUCGACACAAGAUCGCCGUGGUGGAUGCCGUGAACAAGAUGUACAACGUCGACGGGAAGAGGGAGACGAAGGUGGUGUUGGUGGGACACAGUAUCGGAGCGUGGAUAGCGACGGAGGUGUUGAAGGCAAGACCGGACGGGGUUGAUGGACUGCACAUGUUGUUCCCUACGUUGGCGUGGAUUGGGAGGACGCCGAAUGCGAGGAAGAUCAAGUUGGCGUUGUUGAAUCCGGUUUCGAUGGCGUUGUUGUCGAUACCUUUGUUGGUGUUUACGUUGUUGCCGUUGUGGGUGAUGGUGUGGUUGGUGAGGUUGAUUACGGGGCAGCCGGAAGCAGCGGCGUUGGCGACGGCGGAUUUGCUCACGACCCGAGGUGCGGUGUUCAACGCGCUCAGGAUGGCAAAGGACGAGUUCUCGACAGUGCAGCAGCUGGAUGCGUCGACGGUGGACUCGAUCAGCAAGUUUACGAGCGAAGCGGCGGGUGGAAGGGUGCGUUCCUACUGGGCGAGCGAAGACAGCGAUUCGUGGGCACCCUCGUGGAUCCGCACCCAGGUGGAAAGCUCUCUCAGCCUGCAUCGAGUCCACCUUCCACCCGGUCUAGGACUCGACGCCACGCGACCGCGCCUCGGAAGCGUCGGAGCCAAAUCUCACGUCCGAACCCGCAGCUUCAGCGUGUCCGAAUACCGCUCUUCUCCGGGCAGCAUCCCCGAUCUGCGAAACGCGAAAGCCAUCCGCAAACCCAACGGUGAGAUCGUCAUCGAAGCACAGGUCAACGAGUCCAGCAGCGACAGCGAGGACGACUUUGUCUCCUCGUCGGCGGCGGCAAAUGGGAAGCCGGACACCGGAGCAAGCGCACGAGGCAUGCAGUAUCAUUACGGAAGGUCGAGGGCGACGAGCACGCACUGCAGGAUCGGGAUGCCCCACGCUUUCUGUCUGAAGCAUUCGGAUGAUAUGGCUAAAGUUGUAGGUCACUGGAUUGCGUAUGAUCACUUGUCGAGGAACGGACAGUAG